CCCAAACGUCCAUACAGUCGAUGCCACUUACAGUGGUGCUGCAUGGUCCUGCCGGUGUCGGGAAAACCACAGUGGCCAAACAGCUGAUGCUGGACUGGACACAGGACGACCAGGCAGAGACAUCCAAUUCCGCCUUCUAUCUCAGCUGCAAGGACCUCAACCACAAGGGGACGUGCACUUUUGCAGAGCUGAUAUCUGCGAACAGGCCGGAUUUGCAGGAUGCCAUUCCAGGGAUCCUCACCCAAGCACGGAAAAUCCUGUUCGUCGUUGAUGGCUUUGAUGAGCUGAGGGUCCCCUCGGGGGCGCUCAUCCAUGACAUAUGCGGCGACUGGAAGAAGCAGAAGCCAGUGCCCGUCCUCCUGGGGAGUUUGCUGAAGAGAAAGAUGUUACCCAGGUCCACUUUGGUGAUCACCACUCGACCGGGGGCCCUGAGGGGGCUCCGGCUCUUGGUUGGACAGCCACUCUUCAUAGAGAUCGAGGGGUUCUUGGAGCUGGACAGGAAGGCGUAUUUCCUGAAACACUUUGCAAAGGAGACGCAAGCCCUGCGAGCGUUCGAGUUGAUGAGGGAGAACGCAGCUCUGUUCCACAUGGGCUCCGCGCCUGCCGUGUGCUGGAUUGUCUGCACGUGUCUGAAGCGGCAGAUGGAGAGGGGGGAGGACCCUGCCUCGACCUGCCGGACCACCACGUCCCUGUUCCUGCGUUUUCUCUGCAGCCAGUUCACAGCAGCUCGCAGCAGCUGCCCCAGGGACUGUCUCCAAGCUCCGCUGAAGUCUGUGUGCCUCUUGGCCGCUGAGGGCGUAUGGACACAGACAUCUGUGUUCGAUGGAGAAGACCUCAGGAGACUUGGGGUACAGGAGUCUGCCCUCCGUCCUUUCCUGGACAAGAAUAUUCUCCGGAAGAGCAAAGACUGUGAGGCCUGCUACUCUUUCAUCCACCUCAGCGUCCAGCAGUUCCUGGCCGCCAUGUUCUACGUCUUGGAGACGGAGAAGGAGGACGUGGGUGGCCACAGGUGCCACAUUGGGGAUGUGCAGAAGCUGCUGUCCAAGGAAGGAAGACUGAAGAACCCCAGCCUGACCCAGGUGGGCUACUUCGUAUUUGGCCUCUCCAACAAAGAAAGGGCCAUGGAGCUGGAGACGACUUUUGGCUGCCUGGUAUCCAUGGAGGUCAAGCAGCAGUUACUGAAAUGCAGAUCAAUGCCCCAGGGGAAGAAACCCUUCUCAACCAUGGACACGAAGGAGGUUUUGUAUUGUCUUUAUGAAUCUCAGGAGGAGGAGCUGGUGGAGGAGGCAGUGGCCGCCGUCACGGAGAUCUCUGUCCACUUGACAAGUACAUUGGAAAUGAUGCAGUCUUCUUUCUGCCUUAAACAUUGUCAAAACCUGCAGAAAAUUUCACUGCAGGUAGGAAAGAGGAUAUUCCUGGAGAAUGAUACCACGUUGAAAUCAGAUGCUCAGGUUGAGAGGUCACAGCACGACCAUCAUUCCCUUCACCUCUGGGCAGAUCUCUGCUCUGUGUUCAGUUCAAACAAGAACCUGAACUUCCUGGAUGUGAGGGAAAGCUUUCUGAGUCAGUCCUCAGUGAGGAUUCUUUGUGAGCAGAUAACCCAUGUCACCUGUCAUCUCCAGAAAGUCGUGAUUAAGAACGUCUCCCCUACCGAUGCUUAUCGGGACUUCUGUCUGGCUUUCAUUGGGAAGAAGACUCUGACACAUCUGGUUCUGGAAGGCAGUGUCCACGGUGAUGAGAUGCUGUUGCUGCUGUUGUGUGAGAUCCUGAAACAUCCAAGAUGUAACCUGCAGUAUCUGAAGUUGGGUUCUUGUUCUGACACCCCUCAGCGGUGGGCUGAUUUCUCCUCGGCCCUCAAAAUCAACCAGUCCCUGAAAUGCCUGGAUCUCACAGCCAGUGAGUUUCCGGAUGAGGGUGUCAAGUUGCUGUGUUCGACUCUGAGACACCCAAUGUGUUUCCUGCAGAAAUUGUCGUUGGAAAACUGUCACCUUACAGAAGCCUGUUGCGAGGAGCUGUCUUCUGCUUUGAUUGUCAACCAGAGGCUGACCCACCUGUGCUUGGCCAAAAACAACCUUGGCGCUGGUGGGGUGAAAAUUCUGUGUGAGGGCUUGAGUUACCCUGAAUGUCAACUACAGACCUUGGUGUUGUGUCAUUGCAACAUAAACAGACAUGGCUGCAAAUACAUCUCAAAGCUUCUCCAAGGAGACUCCAGCCUAACAGACUUGGACCUGGGUUUCAACCCCAUAGCCACUGGAUUGUGCUUUCUCUGUGAAGCUUUGAAGAAACCAAACUGUAACCUGAAAUGUCUAGGGAGGCAUGUGGGAUCUUAGUUCCCCGACCAGGGAUUGAACCCACGCCCACUGCAUUGGAAGUGGCGGAGUCUUAACCACUGGACCACCAGGGAAGUCCCGGUAAAGAGCAUCUUUAUCCUGCUUCCUAUAUCCCCCAUCCCUCUUCUCCUUAGGACCAGGAUAUCGCUCCCCAGAAUCUUGGUCUCUUCUUCUGUUUCCUAGGUUUGUCUCGGUCAUGGACAUACCCUCUCUGAUCUCUCCCUUCACGACUGAGACAGUUGCUCCCCUAGCUUCCAGGAGUGUUAAGAUGAAUCUCUUUCUAAUGAUACAGAUGAACUUAUUUGCAAAGCAGAAAUAGAGGCACAGCUGUAGAGAACAAAUGUAUGGAUACCAAGGGUGGCUGGGAUGAAUUGGGAGAUUGGGAUCGACAUAUAUACACUAUUGAUACUACGUAUAAAAUAGAUAACUAAUGAGAACCUACACUGUAGAGCACAGGGGACUCUACUCGAUGCUCUGCGGUGGCCUAAAUGGGGAGGAAAUCCAAAAAAGAGGGGACAUAUGUAUACGUAUAGCUGAUUCACUUUGCUGUACAGCAGAAACUAACACAACAUUGUAAAGCAACUCUACCUCAAUAAAAAUUAAUUUAAAAAAGAUGACUCUCUGGGAAUCGCCCUACGUCAUCGGUCCCCAGUGUUUGGUCCUUGGGACCAGCAACCUCCGCGUCGUCAGGAACCUUGUUAGAAACGCAAAUUGCCAAGCUCUACCCCAGACCUACUGCCUCAGAAACUUAGGAGAGCAGCCAUCUGUGUUUUAAAACAUCAUUAUCACUUUUAGUCGUAGUAAAAUAUACAUAAAUCUACCAUCUUAAGUAUUUUUUGUGUGUGUGUGUGAGGUAUGUGGGCCUCUCCCUGCUGUGGCCUCUCCCGUUGCGGAGCACAGGCUCCGGACGCGCAGGCUCAGCGGCCAUGGCUCACGGGCCCAGCCGCUCCGCGGCAUGUGGGAUCUUCCCGGACCGGGGCACGAACCCUUGUCCCCUGCAUCGGCAGGCGGACCCUCAACCACUGCGCCACCAGGGAAGCCCCAUCUUAAGU